AUGCGGAACCAAUUUUGGUGCGGACUUUGCAUAAUAUUCUUGGCCUCAACCCCUCUUCACUGCUUACCUAGUUCGGAGAACAAUCUCCACCGCCGAAAUAGUGCCACCUGUCCGAAUCCUUCAGUCAGAACCUCUUGGUCAAAUCUUUCUACAUCAGAGAAGAGAGCCUACCAGGCAAGCAUCACAUGUCUACUCAGAGCACCAAGUCAGAUGAAGUAUCCUGGAGCUGUCUCCCGGUAUGAUGACCUCGUCUACGUACAUCAAAGACAGAGUGACUAUCCUAAUGGCAGAGAUGAAUGGCACGUCACAGGACAAUUUCUAGCGGUCCAUCGAAUGUAUUGUUUCAUCUUCGAAUUGAUGAUACGCGACGAGUGCAAUUAUCGUGGUAGAAUGCCAUAUUGGGACGAACAGCGUGAUGCUGGAAACUUCCGCAACUCGGAGUUUUUGCGUGAUUUCGGAGGUCCUGGCGAUGAAACUGGUCGCGUGACCCAAGGACCAUUUGCGAAUUUGGAGAUAACCUUGGGCCCUGGUUUUCAAAAUGUUCGACGAACACUUCGGCGACAAAUUAACGAAACUGCUUCAGCUAUGGCGGGCCGACAGUACUAUCAAAAUCUACUCGCCCAAACGACGUUUGCUUCCUUCUUGAACGAGAUCCGGCAUUAUAAUCACAUCGCCGGUCAUCACGGUGUGGGUGGAGAAUCACCAUCUCUACAUAGAUAUGCUAUGGGCAACUUGGAAACAAAUCUUCUGACAACUCUCAAGUUUUUGGGACUCGCACCCGAUGUACCUUUGUACGGCUCCUUGGAUAUACAGGGCGGAUUCUUAUGCUAUACCUACGAGUAA